UUUUGAAAAAAAAGGAUAAAAACUGCAAUGACAAACAUGCAUUCUUGAUUUUCUGCUCUUUGGCAUGUUUUCUCUUUUAUGGCUCCCCACCUUCUUUUAUCACUUCUGUAGAUUCUUCUCAGCAUUCUUCUUGGCUCUUGACCUGUCCAUGGCUUCCCUCUUGCUGUCUCUUCCGUCUCGUUUCUUUCGUUUUUCUCAUUUACCUUAAUGGGUUCUCUUUUCUGCAACUCCAAACCAAACUUAUCAAGAUUUCACAGAUAAACUACUUUUUAUGUUUCUGUAUUCAUCAAGAAUCACAUACAGGAAACAGACUUUGCAACAUUGCUUGGAGGAAACAGAGAAGAGGCUGUCACAGCCAUUCUCUUGAGGCAAAACAACAAUCUCUACUCGUUGGUUUUGUUUUUCCUCUUCUUUUGUGCCAUUCAUUGAAGAAACUGUUGCAUAGACUUUUACUUCAUUACUUGUUUCCACCAUGGCAACCAAGAUCAAAGGGAUCUACAAGGGCUUUAAGUUCAUCUCCCAAAUGUUUGUGGUGAAGGAGAGAGAGAUGGAAAUUGGGUACCCAACAGAUGUUAAGCAUGUAGCACACAUUGGUUGGGAUGGUGCUUCUGGUACUCCUCCCAGUUGGAUGAAUGAAUUCAAAACACCUCCUGAUUUCGCAACAACAACACUCAGUGAUGCAAGAGAUCCCAAUUCUCUUGCUUUCUCUUCUUGGUCCUCUCAAGAUUUUGAUCAAUCUAUUGGAAAUCAACCCGUGUUGAAUUCGUUCAGUAGCAUACCGUCUUCAGACCUUCCAAAAAUUCCCAAGAAAUCGAAAACGAAAAGGAAGAUGAGAAGUUCCUCUCAACAUCAAACUCAUGAGUCUAGAAAUGCAAAGGUUGGUGCAAAUUAACAACUCAGAGAACUAUAACUGUGCAUGUCAACAUUGCAAAUGUCACCUUUUCUUUACUCAGAAUUGGUGUCAUGAGAGCAAGAAGAGUAGAAGCUUUGUAUAUUAUGAACUUUUAUGGAUUGAAGGCCAGAGAUUAAGGGAAACAAAUGUGAAGAUGGAGGAAGCAUUGUUAAGGGAGACAUUGAUUUUGCCCAUAUGACUGAAAAGUGAGUUUGAGUAAUCCAUUUCACUUGAAAUCUCAAGUGGGGCUUAAAUCUCUGCAAUUUUAUCCAAAAACUGUUGAACUUUCUUGUUGGGUUUUCACUAUUUAUCUUCUUGAUUACUUGAAGUAGAUCAUUAUUCUGCAGAACCCAUGAUCCAUCUUUGAGUUUUCUUUGACUGAAAUUAUAAAAAGAGGCAUUAAAUUUCCA